CUCUGCAGCACGUACGACUGUUAUCGAUGACCAAAGUGACUACUAUGAGUUUGAGGGAAAUAGCUGGUUGUCGAAGGAGGAAAAGGAACUUCUGAGGAAAAAGAAAGAGGAGAUAGAAGAGGCUGAACGUGCUAAACGAAAUAGAGUCAUAAUGACAUUUGACCUAGUUGGCCGCAAGGUUCUUAUAAAUAAAGAUGAAGCUUCUGAAGAACUGCAGAAUGGAAUUCUACUCAGACCAGCAGGGGAAAAGGAAGCAACCCGCAUUAGACCUAAUCCAAACCUGAAAGUACAGCCCGUCUUUGUGGAUCCAGGUCCCAGGAAAACUCCCAAGGCGAGGAAUAAUAAGAAAGGCCCGAGUAAUGGCUUGUGCUUGGAGAUUACUGGGAGAGUACAACAUGAUACCAAUGAACUCUCACGUUUGAUAGUAGAGGGCAAGCUACAUGGAUCUUCGAAUAGCAACUCGUGGCACGAGCCAUCUGUUAGUAGGACAGUCCGAACUUCAGAUGACUCUGAAUGUACUUUGGAUUACUAUUGAGAAGUAUAUAGCUGGUGAGUCGAGAACUUUCAUCCCCACACCUCCGAACAUGCUAUCUUCAGAUAUAAUUACUCAAGAUGUCAACUGAGUUUUGUUUUUUCCAUUUUUUCUGGGGUUGAGGAUGGAGGGCAGAAAGUUCUAUAAACUUACUAUUAUCCUGAUUAAUCAAGAAAAAAGGUCUUCUGCAUAUGUUUGUUCGGGAAGAUUUUAUGUGGAAUUGAACUUACUGUCAUCUAUGUUCAUCCGACAUUAUGUGGAUGGAUGCUCUGCACGAGCUGAGAAAAUAUAUCAAAGUGCAGGUCACUCGGAAGCUUCCUAUGUA